AUGUGUGUGGAGAAGAGACCAGCUGAAGACAAGGAGAGCAACACAGAACUUCAGACCAAAGUUUUCAGAAGAUCUGUUGGUACGAGUACACAAGGAUCCACCAAAAUGGCGUUCCUCUUGAUGUUUGUGACUGUUCUGCAUUUGGUCACCCUGGCCAUGCUUUUCAUUGCCACCAUUGAGAAGUCCUGGUGGUCUUGGGGAGGCAUAGAGAACACAGAUCUCUGGUAUAAGUGCAUCUAUGAAAACACCACAGAAACCUGGUUAUGUGCUUCUGUCAGCGAGAGCGAAUGGCUGCAGUCGGUCCAGGCCCUCAUGAUCUUGUCUGUGGUGCUCUCUUCCAUCUCCUUCAUGGUGUUCCUCGGACAGCUCUUCACCAUGUCCAAAGGAGGACUUUUCUACUUCACUGGCCUGUGUCAACUAUUUGCAGGUUUCGCAGCGUUUGUGGCUGUUCUUAUCUACACCUUUCAAAGGAGGGAGAUUCUUCAAGAUGCUCGUGCACUGGAAAUUGGUCGUUUCGGCUACUGUUACAUUCUAGCGUGGGUGUGCGUGCCCCUUUUACUCGUCAGUGGAGCACUUUAUGUGCAUCUGCGCAAACGGGCCUGAUUUUCUGCUUGACACCACACAUGUACUUUAGUAGUUUAGUCUGCUGUGAGAUUAUACCAUAUAUGCUUAUGGCUGUUUUUAGGCAAGCCAGUUUAUGAUAUGGCUUAUUGUUAUUUAUUAUUAUCAUAACAGUUUUGUAGGAACCAACUCCCAACACCUGCUUUGCUGCUUUAGUGGAGUUGCAACAAAACUUGCUGUAUUUUCCCAUAGUGGGGAAACUGCUGUUCUAAGUUUGAUGCUGACAAUCAAGUGGGAUUUUGAUGCAAAAUGCUUGUUAAAAGAAAAAAGAAAAUUUGCUGAAAAUUUACUCACCCACAGGAUAUCCAAGGCAUACCUGAGUUCAUCUGAACAGAUUUGGAGAAAUGUAGCAUUGCAUCACUUGCUGACCAA